UUGUAAUUGAUGUGAGGGGGGAUUAGGAAAAUAUGUUAAAAAGUUAUUAAAUUUUCUGUGAUAAUUAGAAAAAAUGGAAACCAUAGUAUUAGCAUUAGAUUUAGAGAAAAUUUGUCGUGUUUGUUUGUUACAAUCCGAUUCAAUGUUUUCCAUUUACAGCCAGUUAUUCGAUAAUAUUACUGAAGAGAAAAUGCCCACCAUUUCCAACAUAUUAAUUUCCAUUUCAAACAUGAAGAUACGCGAAUACGACAAUUUGCCAACCAUGAUUUGCACAAGGUGCAUAAACAGCGCUCAUAUUGCAUACAAAUUUCAGCAACAAUGUAACACAUCUCAGACUAUACUAGAAUCUUAUUUAGAGCAAAUUAAAAUGAAUUCUCCAAUACGUACGCCCAAUACAGUCGAUGAUCUCUCGCACAGUAUUGUCGAUGAUCUCUCGCACAAUAUUGUUGAUGAUAUCUCGCAGAAUAUUGUCGAUGAUCUCUCGCAAAAUAUUGUCGAUGAUCUCUCGCAAAAUAUUGUCGAUGAUCUCUCGCAAAAUAUUGUCGAUGAUCUCUCGCAGAAUGUUGUCGAUGAUCUCUCCCACAAUAUCAUAGAUGAUCUUUCACACAACAUUGUCGAUGAUCUGUCUGCAAGCUCUAUAAAACUGGAAUCUGAUGAAUUGAAUGACACUCAGUAUUACAAUAGUUCAGAAACAGAUUUGUUGUUAGACGACAAAGAAGACUUGCUCGCCGAGGGCUUGGAAUACAUUGCUAACGAUUGCAUGAUUAACGAGGAAAAGAAAGUUUUCGAACAAAGUUUAAUCGACGAAGAAGAGAGGGAUAACGAUGACUGUGAUGAUUUAAAGAGCUGCAUUCCCCUAGGAGAAGAGACAGUAGACGAUUUGAUCGAUAAUUUCAGCGUAGAAAACUUAGAAUUGAUCUCUCCUAAGCUGGAUUUUAACUUAAACGUACGAAGGUCAGGGCCCAGUCUGAUACCUCCUCCGGAUCCACCUCGUGUACCAGCUCGAAUAAAGAAAUGCCCCAGUAUGGAUUAUUACAAAAAAAAUGAAAACGAUGCAAUCUUGUACGGAUGCAACCAAUGCGAUCAGUCCUUCAGCACCCCUAACGAUCUAAGAAUCCACUUUAAAACGCACGAUGAAAAGAGACCAUACUCUUGCACUGAUUGCAAAAAAACGUUUAAAACAUACGCCCAUUUAUUGUUCCAUAUUAGAAGGCACGCUGAGAAAAAGAUAUUUGAGUGUAAAGAAUGCGGGAAAAAGUACAAACAGUCCGGUACUCUCACUGCUCACAUGAGGAUUCAUACUGGUUCUAAGCCGUAUUUGUGCUCGGUAUGCGGCAGGGGCUUCAGGCAAGCGCCUGAUCUUACUUACCACAUGAGAACCCACACCAAGGAGAAACCGUACAUGUGCAGCAUCUGCGGCAAGACAAUGUCCAUGCAAUGCCAUUUGGUCCAGCACAUGCGAUCCCACACCGGCGAGAAACCUUUCAAAUGCCCCAAAUGCGACAAAGCUUUUCCUUCUUCUACGAGGUUAAAACGCCACUCUAUCGUCCACACAGCGCUCAAACCGUACAAGUGUACGGUGUGCGAGAAAUCGUUCAAUCGAAGCAGCAGCCUAAAAGUACAUAACAGAACUCACACCGGAGUCAAAUCUUACAAAUGUCCCACUUGCAACAAGAGCUUCUUGUGGGCGCACUCGCUUCGAUCUCACGCCGUCACGCACAUCAAAAAUUCCAAGGAGGACCUAAACGAUAUGAACGAGCUUUUAGAGGUAAACGACAAUUCUCUACUCAAAUUCACCACCAUGACGAUUUACUCGGACGAGAAGACUCCCAUCAACGAGUCGUUCGCGAUAUUUUCGAGCGGGGAUUUGGAGUCCGGGAGUAAAUCGUUCCAGAUUUGCGCCGUUUCUACGGGCGAGCAAACCGAAGGAGUGGAAACGUUUACGCUGUAUUCAGCCGACGAAACAGGCCAGGUCAAAGGUUCCGUUAAUUCCAUACAACUAUCCAAUGUUAGCAUGUAAUCGUAAUAUUUCACUGUGGGUACUAAUUACUUAUAUUAAUCGUUACUUGAACUUACGUCUGUUGAAGGUACUAAUUGAUCUAUUCGAAAAAGAUGGUGUACUGUUUUCAAUCGAUGUCUUGACUUUGAGCAUGCCAUGUUGUUUAGGUGUUUUCAGCAUCUAAUGCGGAAAUAUUUGUACAUGAAAUGUUUAAUGUUGUUCUAGUCGUACUUAGGUACAUACUACUUCACUUGUUUGAAUUUAGUUGAAAGAGUUUAGGACUAAAUUGUCUGCUUUAUUCGCUGAAACGAAUAAUCCACCUGUGUGCUAUUCAAUUAAAUCGUUUCUGCGAACGAAGUUAUUAAUACAUAUAAAUAAGUUGAAAGAAUUAUAAGUAUUGAUUUAUAUUUUUUAUUUCGUGUUUUAACGAUUUUUUUAUAUUUUUUUAUUUUUACUAUUCAGUAUUGAUUUGCUCGUUAUUUUCUUCUAGUAAAUUAAUAUCUUUAAUGUGAUUAAAUGUGAUUUGUUGUCUUUAAAUGUAAAUAUACAAUCAUAUAACUGGUUAAUUAUUGUUACUUACUGUAUAAUGUAAAUCUGUAACUUCAAAACUACAAAUUUUCAAUUCAUUUUACUCUCAUUUCCAGCCACAUUCAGUAUUUAUUCAAUGAAACUCAACAAUUGAUCUUAUUAAAUAUUAUAUAAUUUAUGUUUUGUAUGUACAACAUAUACAAACGAGGAACAAUAAAAAAUUAAUACAACAUAUAAAAAAAUAUAUAACCCUGCUCGAAAAAUCAGUACAACGUUAUUUACAAUAUUUACAAAUUCAACUAAAUUUAAUUAAAAAGAACUAGAUAAUUUACAAGCUGCCUAUAUCGUUAAACCGUUUCAAUUUCUCUGGGAACGGAUCUUUGAAGAGCACCGGGUCCGCUCUAAACUCGACGGACCGGAGGGGCAUCCGGCCGAAGGCCCUUUCGAAUUUGCUGAUGCACUGCGAUCGCUCGACCAUGUGCCCCAAAUCCGCCGAUAGCAUCUCGUUGCUGGCGCACUCGGGACACUUGAACUUCUUCCUGGGCGCCACCUUGAUGGGCGGCUUAUCCGUAAUGUUAGCCACCAAAAAAUUCAUCGCUAUGUCCUCGCAGUUCAUGUGCUCGUCCACCCAAUCUCUCACUUCGACGGGAAGGUGUUUCGUGUAUAAAUAGCUCCAGUAUUUGUGUAGAAAAGCUGCUCCGGUGAGUACCAUGGAUAUUUCGUUCAUCCAUUCCGAUUCGUAUUUCCAGGUGUUCGUUACGUUGUCCCAUAUGUGGGUUCGAGAAGGAAAUCCUGCAAGGGGAUUUGGGUUAGUACAUGAGGGUAAUUGGAGGAGAAUUUUGAUGCGCUUACCAACUAUUCGGUCUGGAAAUUCCCUCCAAACUUCGUACGCGAAUUCGAUUUCAUCCGAUGUUAACAUCACGAUAUCGUCGUCUAAGUGUAGGACUGCCUCCGUUUCGAUUUCCUUGAACGGGUAAAAUCUGUUCGAUAACUUAUUAGCUCUCGUCCUAAUAAUGUUUAUAGGUUUCUGAAUUUUUGGAAAUUCCGAUACUGAAAAAAGCGGGUAUCAAAAAACCUAAGAAAUCGCGUAAUUAAGAAUACACUUACGAGGAGGUGGGUUUUUCUUCUGAUUAUUCCAUACGACUAUAAUUUUCAUCAAACUAGGAACUUUCGAUAAUCUUUCUACAAGCGUGAACAAACUGUCCACUCUAUCGUACGUUAAAAUAACAGCAGAAAACCCGUGCGACUUCGGGGAAGUCAUUGGAAAGAAUAAAGGAUUUCGAUUGAUCUACAACAAAAAAAAACAUCCAUAAAAAUCACAUAAUACAAGGUGUCCCGCUCUGUGUCUAUUCUUAUGCGGGACACCAACUAAACAGUACUCGUCAAGAUUCAAACACUCACUUCGUCAGACCUCAAAUUAACCUCGUCGUAGGUCCUGCUCAAAUGUGGAUAGACCCUCUCCUGCAGCACAUCGAGAGCGGUCAUGACGAUUUUCUUCAUGUUCGCGAAAUGCGCCGCGUAAAUGUGCAGCAAAGUGCGCUGCAUUUCGACGAUCCUCUUCUCCGACACGCCAUUCACCACGUCCAUGAGCGUACCGAUGUGGCUCUCCAUCACGAACAGCGCGAAUCUCUUCCAAUCGAUGGUAUCGUGGAACGGCAUCACGUGGCCGUCCGAAAUUAUCACAGGUAUGCAAUUAGCUGCCAUGGCUUCCAACAGAACGAAUUGACCCAUCCUAAUGGACACGAGUGGAUUGUUAAAGGGAUAGAUUGAAAAAUGUCAAAAAAUAAGGUACCUUUCUCCGCGGAAGACGAGGCAAAAGAUGGACUCUUUGAGUACUUGGGGGUAGUCGAAGGUUUGCCCGGUUUCGAUGUCGCAUCGUUGGGUGUAUUCGUGCCUGUGACAGGCGUCGAGUAUUAACAGGUAAUCGUGAUGGUGGUAACGCAAUUUCUGGAGUUCGUUGAGAAAGAACGGAUCGACGUUUAUUUGGGAGGACGUCGCCAGCCAAGAUCU